GCCAGGACGGGGUAGCCGCGGCUGCUGUCCCCUCACCUGCCCCUGGGCUCUGAUUUCCAGCACCUCGCCUAGAGCUUGAGGACGGUAUUGUCCUGAGUGCCUGCACCCCAGGCAGCGGUUCGGAAGCAGAUCAUAAAGUUGUCCGGUUAUAGCCCAGGAGGCCUCUGCUGGGGCUCUUCCAAGGCCCUGCGUUUUUGAGUUAAUAACUUGUUAAAGCGAGCAGGGCAGUAGUUUUUCCAGCAAUUGUUCUCCAGUGCUUGCUUCAGGAUAUCUGUAAGAGCAUGUUGGCUCUGCUUGAGGUGCCCGUGGAAUAACAAAGGCACGCAGGUGCUGUUGGAAUGAGGGCAGCUUUCUAUGCUAAAUGCCAAAUCAUCAAGAUGACACUAAAAUUUCAUUCUAGAAAGUACGGCACAGAGAACAAGGCACUACAGCAAGUGCUCGGCAAUAAUGUUUGACUGAAUGCCAAGAUGAAAACACAAAAGUCUUUUUACUAGCGCUCAAGGCUUCAUUUAUUCCACUGGAGGAUCUGCACAUACAUAAACAAGUAAUUCAAGAAAGUAAGCUGCUGUAAGUACAGCAAUUGUCUUUCCAGCUCGCUGCAGGAACAAUAGCUCUGGUGUAAUUCCAGGAAGGAAGAAGAACUCAUGAACUCAGCACAAAGGGGUUUGUCUGUCUCAGAGUCAUGUUUUACUCCCUACAUGGUGCAUUUCAUUUUGCUUUCUGAGCAAUGAAGAAACAGAGGCCUGGUGCAUACAGAAGCCAGUUACUACCUUGAAGAGGACUUAACAUUUACAAAUAUGGAGUGCCUCCCUCAGAUGUACCUGUGUGGCCGCAGUUUGAACACAGACCAUGUAAUAUCAGCGCAGCGCUAUCAAAGAGGGGGGCAAAAAGAGGAGAUAGCACUGACAAAGACAAAAUGAGCAUGGAAUUGGAGGGAAAAGUGGCAACUAAUGAUAACCAGCAAGGUAUAUGAACUUGCAUCACUUAAAAGCUGCUUUUUCUGCCUAAAUAAACUGAAUAUGUUGGAGAGAAAYUUGAAGUAGAGAUGACAAUCAAGAGGACGAGACACUUAAUACUUCAGACCUGAAGAUAACUGAAUCUUCAGUUAUCACUGAUCAUAAGCCUUCUAAAAUGUGACCCAAGUACCUGGAAGACCAGACUGGGAGUUCCUGCCCACAGUGAUAAGAGAUAUUCUUGAAGAGGAUCCUGUACUUGGAAUGAGUCAAUUGCCAUCAUGAGUCAACAAGGUUAUGUUGCAACUCCUCCAUAUUCCCAAUCUCAGCCAGCAAUAGGAGGCUUUUCUACAGGUUUUGGGCCACCUACUUCUUCACCUCUUUAUGGGCAUUAUGGGGACCCUAAUUCCUCAUACUCAGCACCUCAAGCAGGUGUGUCAAAAUCAACUGUGCCUUUUGGAUCUCCAGCCCCUGUUGGACCACCACAACCAGCUGCACAUCAGUUCAGCCAGACCAGUCUCCAAAACAGGCCCAGCGCGCCCGGGCAACCGCCACAGAGGUUUCAAGGCCCUCCACCUCCAAACUGUACAGGAUCUUCUUAUCCUCCCUACAGUCAUCAGUCACAACCAGCCUAUCCAAACACUGCAUCUGCUUCGUCCACAACCCAGCUUGCGAACCAGCUCAACACCAUGCAGAUAAAUAGCUAUGGUCCUGGUGCCGCUCAGAGCUCUCACAUGUCUUCUGGGCGUCCAACACCUUCUCAAGGUCAACAGCUGCUGCCACCACCACCAUCUACCCAGCAGCAAAUGGCUUUGCCACCUGGAUCACAGAUUCCUCCACCAGCAAAUAAUGUAAAUGGCAUUUGUGCUCAACCGUCGUUGCCUCCAAUGGCCAGACAAGAUGGGAUCCCUGGAUCUGGCCCCCCAAAUGCUAACUUGCAGCAACUUUCAGGACAGCCCCCGGGGCCUGGGUAUCAUCCUCAGCAAACAAAUUAUGGCCCUCAGAUGGCAGGAGCUCAGCUGUCUUAUCCUGGUGCCUUCCCUGGGAGUCCAGCACAGCUCACAGGUCCCCAGCAGAAGAAGCUUGAUCCUGACUCUAUUCCAAGCCCUAUUCAAGUAAUUGAAAAUGAUAAGACUUCUAGGGGAGGACAGAUCUAUGCUACAAACACAAGAGGACAAGUUCCUCCUCUUGUCACCACAGACUGCAUAAUCCAAGAUCAAGGGCACGCGAGCCCUCGUUACAUCCGAUGUACAACCUACUGCUUCCCAGGUUCGUCAGAUAUGGCCAAACAGGCUCACAUCCCCCUGGCAGCUGUCAUCAAGCCAUUUGCCAUAGUGCCACCAAAUGAGACACCUCUUUAUCUUGUAAACCAUGGGGAGACUGGACCAAUCCGAUGCAACAGAUGCAAAGCUUAUAUGUGUCCCUUCAUGCAGUUCAUUGAAGGUGGAAGAAGAUACCAGUGUGGAUUUUGCAAUUGUGUAAAUGAUGUUCCUCCAUUCUUCUUUCAACAUCUGGACCACAUUGGCCGGCGGGUAGACCACUAUGAAAGGCCUGAGUUAUCUCUAGGAUCUUAUGAAUAUGUUGCUACCUUGGAUUAUUGCCGGAACAACAAGCCUCCAAAACCACCUGCUUAUAUCUUCAUGAUUGAUGUUUCAUAUCAAAACAUAAACAGUGGCCUUGUUAAGCUUAUAUGUGAUGAGCUGAAGACUCUGCUAGAUAAACUUCCAAGGGAAGAGCAAGAAGAAUACUCGGCUAUUCGAGUCGGUUUUGUCACUUACAACAAGGUCCUUCACUUUUUUAAUGUAAAGAGCAACUUAGCCCAGCCUCAGAUGAUGGUGGUCUCCGAUGUUGGAGAAGUUUUUGUUCCUUUGCUGGAUGGUUUCCUUGUCAACUUUCAGGAAUCACGAUCUGUCAUUAACAACUUGUUGGACCAGAUUCCGGAGAUGUUUGCCGACACUAACGAGAGUGAGACCAUCUUUGCUCCCGUCAUCCAGGCCGGCAUGGAGGCGCUAAAGGCUGCAGAAUGUGCUGGAAAACUGUUUAUCUUCCAUUCUUCAUUGCCAACUGCGGAAGCACCAGGGAAGCUGAGAAACAGAGAUGACAAAAAGCUACUCAAUACAGAGAGAGAAAAGACACUGUUCCAGCCUCAGGUAAAUUUUUAUGAGACCUUGGCCAGAGACUGUGUGGCUAAUGGCUGCUGUGUGGAUCUGUUCCUCUUCCCAAAUCAGUAYGUGGACGUAGCUUCCAUGGGUCUUGUCACGAUGUGCACUGGGGGAACGCUCUACAAGUACAACAACUUCCAGCUCAGUACUGACAGUCUGCGGUUCCUGAGUGACCUCAGGAGGGACAUAGAAAAAAAGCCUGGAUUUGACGCAAUAAUGAGGGUGCGAACAAGUACAGGCUUCAGGGCUACUGACUUCUUUGGUGACAUUUAUAUGAACAACACCACGGAUGUAGAGAUGGCAGCAGUCGACUGUGAUAAGGCCGUGACAGUGGAGUUCAAGCACGAUGACAAACUGAAUGAAGAUACCGGAGCCUUAAUUCAGUGUGCUGUCCUUUACACUUCCAUAAGUGGGCAAAGAAGACUUCGCAUACACAAUCUAGGCUUAAACUGUAGCUUCCAGUUAGCUGAUGUCUACAAGACUUGUGAGACUGAUGCACUUAUCAACUUCUUUGCUAAGUCAGCGUUCAGGGCCGUGCUGCGGCAGCCGCUGAAGCCGCUGAGGGAGCAGCUGGUGACGCAGGCGGCGCACAUGCUGGCCGCCUACCGCAAGCACUGCGCCGGCCCCGCCGCCCCCGGCCAGCUCAUCCUUCCUGACUCCAUGAAGGUGCUGCCCGUCUACAUGAACUGCCUCUUGAAGAGCUGCGUUCUCGUGAGCAGGCCCGAAAUCCCGACGGACGAGAGAGCCUUCCAGCGGCAGCUGCUCAUGGCCAUGGGGGUAGCCGACACACAGCUCUUCUUCUACCCCCAGCUCUUGCCCCUUCACAGCCUAGACCUGAAGAGCGACGCGCUGCCGGCCCCACUACGCUGCUCCGAGGAGCGGCUCUCGGAGGGAGGCGCCUUCUUGCUGGCCAACGGGCUCCACMUGUUCCUGUGGCUGGGGGUCAGCGUGGCCCCCGAGCUCAUCCAGGGGCUCUUCAACGUGCCGUCCUUCGCACACAUCAGUACAGAGGCCACACAGCUGCCUGAGCUGGACAAUCCCUAUUCCAAGAAACUGAGGUCAAUAAUGGAGCACAUGCAGAGCCAAAAGCCCUACACGAUGAAGCUAAUGAUAGUGAAACAACGGGAGCAGCCAGAGAUGCUUUUCCGACAGUUCCUAGUAGAAGACAAGAGUAUUUAUGGAGGAGCUUCUUAUGUGGAUUUCCUGUGUUGUGUCCACAGAGAGAUCUGCCAGCUGCUCAAUUAAGGAAGCUCCAGUAUCCCCAUGUUGGUUUGGUUUAGGUUUGGUUAAUUUGCAAGAGAGGCAGGAACUGGUGCCUGCAGGGCAGCCAGCAGCCCCAUCAUACCUCAGUCCUAUGCUGUGCUUUACUCAACCUUCUCAGUGCUCUUUUUGUACAGUUCCAUUUCACACAACCUCUCACCAUUGUGUUUUCUUACCUAUUAACCUGUAGAAUAGGAAGUUCUGCACUCAGGUAUUAAAUCUUUUGGGAGCAUCUUGUCUCUUUCUCUAAGUUGAACUGUUCAAUUCCAAACUGUCAUAGCUUUAGGGCAUAGAGCAUUUUCUAAUUACAAAUUAGA